AGCAACGCGCCAAUCGACGAUGGGGCUAUUACCACUUCGAGACGAAGAAGAAGAUUACCACGUGUGAUGGUUGUUGAAGUGCUUCCCAUGUGUAGAUAGUGGCGCAGCGCACAUAAAGUAAAAUAUUAAUGUUUUUUUGGUUGGAUUUCUUUCAAAAUGUUUCUUGGCAAAGACGUACCAUGGAGGCGACUCGAAGGCAUGUCGUUUGGCAUGUAUUCAGCGGAAGAAAUCAGGAAAUUGAGUGUGAAGACGAUUACCAAUGACAGAUUUCUGGAUAAUGUGGGCAACCCUGCUACCAAUGGCCUGUAUGACCUGGCACUUGGGCCUCUGGAUGCUAAGGAAGUGUGUGCAACUUGCAUGCAGGAUUUCAACAACUGUCCAGGACACCUGGGGCACAUCGAGCUGCCCCUGCCUGUCUACAACCCCCUGUUUUUUGACAAAUUGUACCUGUUGGUUCGGGGGUCUUGCCUGAGCUGCCACAUGUUGACGUGCCCAAGGGCAGCUGUCCACCUGCUUCUUCAUCAGCUUAGGGUGCUGGAUGUGGGGGCGCUGCAGGCUGUGGAUGACCUGGAGGCCGAACUAAACCGGUUCCUGGAGGGUAAUGUCAAGGCCAGUGGGGCUGAGAUCCAAGAAGUGCUGGAGGACUUUGCUACAGGGGUCAUCAGAGAGCAGAGAGACAAAGGCUGUGGUUCACCUGUCAAACACAUCUGUGAAAGAAAGAGCAACCUCAUUACAAAGUUCUGGAGGGUGCACAUGGUCUCCCGAAAAUGUUCUGUCUGCAAAACUGGCCGAACUCUAGUACGCAAAGAGCACAACAGCAAGCUGAUUGCGAUGCUGCCUGCAGCUAUGUGUAAAGGGAACAGGAAAAAGGGCGAAACGGAAGUAAUCGAAGAUUCACAGCUGGGGAAAAGGGGCUACCUGACUCCCAGCAUCGCCAAGGAGCAUGUGGCUAAACUGUGGGAGAAGGAAGGUUUCUUCCUGAAUUACUUGUUCUCAGGGAUGGAAGCUUGCAAUAAGACUGGCUUCAGCCCCGAUAUGUUCUUUCUGGAACUGCUUGUGGUUCCUCCCUCUAGGUACCGGCCCAUAAACCGCCUGGGGGACCAGAUGUUCACCAACGGUCAGACGGUCAACAUGCAGGCUGUAAUGAAGGACUGCAGCAUCAUCAGGAAGCUGCUGGUUCUCAUGGCAGGUGAGAAGGCACGGUCGCUCAGCAACGGCGGAGAGGAGCUGGAGGAGGAAGCAACUAAUAGCAAGACUGACCAGGACUUCCUGGUUGGCCUUCCAGGCCAGACAAUCACGGACAAGUUCUACAAUGUCUGGAUCCGCCUGCAGAGUCACGUCAACAUUGUUUUCGACAGUGACAUGGACAAGUUGAUGACAGAAAAAUUCCCUGGGAUUCGUCAGGUCCUGGAAAAGAAGGAUGGACUUUUCCGGAAGCACAUGAUGGGGAAACGUGUAGACUAUGCAGCGCGGUCAGUCAUCUGCCCUGACAUGUACAUUGGAAUCAAUGAGAUUGGAAUACCAAUGGUGUUUGCCACAAAGCUGACGUACCCCCAGCCGGUUACGCCGUGGAACGUGAAGGAGCUUCGGCAGGCAGUGAUCAACGGGCCCAACGUGCACCCGGGCGCCUCCAUGGUCAUAAACGAGGACGGCUCGAGCACCGUGCUCAGCGCUGACAACCACACCCAGCGGGAGGCUAUCGCCAAGCAGCUGCUCACACCCUCCCAGGGCCCGCAGAAAAUGCCCAUGAAAAUCGUGAACCGGCACAUUAAAAAUGGAGAUGUGCUACUCCUGAAUCGACAGCCCACACUCCAUCGGCCGUCCAUCCAGGCACACUGUGCUCGCAUCCUGCCCGGGGAGAAGGUCCUGCGUCUGCACUACGCCAAUUGCAAGGCCUACAAUGCCGACUUUGAUGGGGACGAGAUGAACGCGCACUUUCCCCAGAGUGAGCUGGGCCGAGCUGAGGCAUACACGCUCGUCAGCACCUACCAGCAAUACUUGGUGCCUAAGGAUGGGAAACCCUUGGCUGGGUUGAUCCAGGAUCACAUGGUUUCUGGUACCAGCAUGACCCUGAGGGGCUGCUUCUUCACCCGUGACCAGUACAUGGAGCUGGUCUACCGUGGCCUCACUGACAAAAGGGGCAGGGUGAAGCUGCUCCGGCCUGCCCUGCUCAAGCCCCAUCCAAUCUGGACAGGCAAACAGGUGGUGUCAACGUUGCUGCUGAACGUGAUUCCAGAAAACCACCUCCCCCUGAACCUGACGGGCAAAGCCAAGAUCCCCAGUAAAGCCUGGGUAAAAUACCCACCCCGCCCCAUCCCAGGGUACCAGCCCGAUUCCAUGUGUGAGUCCCAGGUUAUUAUACGUCAGGGCGAGCUGCUGGUGGGGGUGCUGGACAAGGCCCACUAUGGCAGCUCAGCCUAUGGGCUGGUGCACUGCUGCUAUGAGCUUUAUGGUGGAGAGACCAGCAGCCACCUGCUGAGCUGCUUGGCACGCCUCUUCACCGCCUAUCUGCAGCUUUACCGUGGAUUCACCUUGGGUGUGGAGGACAUUUUGGUCAAACCCAGAGCAAACAAGAAAAGGAGUAAGAUCAUUGCAGAGUCAACCAAGUGUGGAGCACAGGCUCUGCGAUCGGCCUUCAAUAUUCCCCCUACCGCCUCAGAGAGUGAGGCACGUGAGCGGUGGCAGGACGCCCACCUUAACCCCGACCAGCGCAAUUUCAACACUGUGGACCUCAAAUUCAAGGAAGUGGCCAGCCUUGUCAACAAUGAUAUCAACAAGGUGUGUAUGCCACAGGGACUGCACCGCCGCUUUCCAGAGAACAACCUCCAGCUGAUGGUGCAGUCCGGCGCCAAGGGCUCCACCGUCAACACCAUGCAGAUCUCCUGCCUGCUGGGUCAGAUUGAAUUGGAGGGCCGCCGCCCACCACUGAUGCCCUCUGGGAAGUCCCUACCCUGUUUCCAGCCCUAUGAUGUGUCACCUCGGUCAGGGGGGUUUGUCUCUGGCCGGUUUUUGACAGGCAUCAAACCUCCGGAGUACUUUUUCCAUUGCAUGGCUGGUCGGGAGGGACUGGUGGAUACUGCUGUGAAAACAAGUCGAUCAGGGUAUUUGCAAAGGUGUAUCGUUAAGCACCUGGAGGGCUUGGUGGUGCAGUAUGACCUGACAGUGCGGGACAGCGACGGCAGUGUUGUGCAGUUCCUGUACGGGGAAGAUGGCCUGGACAUCCCCAAAACGCAAUUCCUGCAGCCUCGCCAACUCCCGUUUAUCCAGGAAAACUAUGAGGUCAUCAGGAAGUCCAAUUGCUUGGAUGAAGUACUGGGGAGAAUGGACUCUGAGGCAGCAGCCAGCCACUUCAGAGCCCUUCGUAAAUGGAAGGCCAGGCGGGAGGCAGCCGCCUGCAGGGAGGGGCCAUUCUUGCUGUUCUCCCAGAAGAAACUGUCCAAGCAGAAAUGCCAGAGCGAGCAAGGGGAACUCUCUGCAGGGCGGGACAGUGCCACACUGCAGCUGGUGGAGCGCUGGCGUUCUCUGGAUAAUUCUAAACGCAGUAAAUACACAAAGAAGACAUUGCACUGCCCUGAGCCCUGUCUGGCCCAUCUCCGCCCAGACAUCUCCUUUGGGUCAGUCUCGGAGACAUUUGAUGCCAUCGUGGAGUGCUACCUCUCCAAGGUGGUCUCUGAGGAAUACUCCAAGGAACUGGAAACUGACAGACUGAGGCAGCUGCUUCAGCUGAAGUGGCAGAGGGCACUGUGUGAUCCAGGCGAGGCAGUGGGGCUUCUGGCUGCCCAGAGCAUCGGGGAGCCCUCCACCCAGAUGACCCUGAACACUUUCCACUUUGCUGGCAGGGGAGAGAUGAAUGUAACCCUGGGAAUCCCAAGGCUGAGGGAGAUCCUGAUGAUCGCUAGCUCCAGCAUAAAGACCCCUAUGAUGCGUGUUCCCGUGCUGAACACUAGGAGAGCACUGAAGAAGGUUCAGACCCUCCGGAAGAAGUUAACACGCGUUUGUCUGGCAGAGGUGUUGCAGAGACUAGAUGUGCAGGAGAUACUUCGGGUUGACGGAAAGCAGCAGAAAAGCCGGGUCUUCAAGCUCACAUUCCACUUCCUGCCUCCAGAGCGCUACAAAGAUGAUAACCUGCUGUCCCCCCAGCAGAUUCUGCACUACAUGGAAACCAGGUUCUUCCGCAUCCUGUUGGAGGCCAUAAAGAAGCGGAGUGCCAAGCUGGCAUCCAUAAACAGGGUAGACAUGCGGAAGGCCAGUCAGAAGGACACUGACCGGGACACUGGUGAUUCCCAGGGCAGCCUGGGUAAUGGCGAUGGGGAAGAGGAGGCGGGGGAGGGAGGUGAGAUUGUGGACGGCGAAGCUGAUGAAGGAGAUGCUGAUGCCACCGACACCAAACGGAGAGAGAAGCAGGAGGAGGAGGUGGAUUACGAGAGCGAAGAGGGGGAGGACGAGGACGAGAGAGAUGACCUGGCGGAAGAGACAGAGGAAACGCCCCCUAAGGACAUGGAGGAGGAUAAAGAGCCAGAGGAGGACUACACCGCGCCCCCUGGAUUCGCUGAUGGUGGCAAGCCAGAUGAGACACAUUCCCAGGAUUUGUUGAGGGUCAAUGCUGUCCUUGACAUAAGCUCAGCCAUCGAGACCUACACAUACGACUGCAAAAAUGGCCUGUGGUGUGAGGUAACGCUGAUUCUGCCUGUCAGCAAGGUGCACUUUGACCUGACGUCUCUAGUAGGCACACAGGCGCAGAGUGCGGUCGUGCACGAGACCAAGGGCAUAACUCGCUGCCUGCUGAGUGAGGUGACCACACCACAAGGCACGAAAGAACUGAUGCUGAACACUGAGGGCAUCAACCUGCAGGAGCUUUUCAGAUACAGUGAGAUUUUGGACUUGAACCGGUUGUACUCCAAUGAGAUCCACGCCAUGGCCAACACAUAUGGCAUAGAGGUGGCACUGAGAGUCAUCGAGAAGGAGAUCAAAGAUGUCUUUGCGGUCUAUGGUAUUGAGGUAGACCCUCGGCACCUGUCCCUGGUGGCAGAUUACAUGACAUUUGAGGGCAUGUACAAGCCCCUCAACCGCUUUGCUAUCCAGUCCAACUCCUCCCCUUUGCAGCAGAUGACAUUUGAAACCAGCUACAAGUUUCUGAAGCAGGCCACCAUGCUGGGGUCCCAUGACAGCCUGCAAUCUCCUUCAGCCCGUCUGGUGGUUGGGAAGGUGGUGAAGGGAGGAACGGGACUCUUUGACUUGAAACAGCCACUCCAGUAGUGUCUUUGUUGGUCACCUAGCAGCAUCAAUCGCACUGCAGUAUGCGCCCAGAACCCCACCCAGGUGCUGGGAAGGAAAGAGCACCACCAUUCAGAGUCCCUGUACAUACCAAGCCAUACUGUAGCCAUCGCUAGGGACUCAGGCUUUUUCCAAGGUUUUUAAAUGAGGCUAUUUCAUUGUGUUGUUGGUUUAACUUUUGUUCACUUCACCAUUGAUGUAUUUAUUUGAAGACAUAGAUGGGCUGCUUGUGUUUGUAUUACAUUUAUGUUUCAGUAAAUUAUUUAUGGGAAUAUAAGUGGUAGUCUAUAAAUUAUGAUAUGAUGUGUCACAUGAGUCCAUUAACCCAAUGUUCCCUUCUGACUUUUGGCCAGCUUUUGUUCUUUUCACUUUAGUGCCUGUUAAGCCCCAUUUGCCCAACACAUUCACAAGCAUUUCAUGUCAUUGUGUUCAGCAGGCAUGGGGUUUCACAUUGAAUCAUCAUUUGAAACUUGAGUGAGUCUUGGCUUGAGGGAAGACCUCAAACUAAAAAAUGAGUCACUCAUACAUAAAUAUUUUAUCUUUUUAAGAAAGUUAUCACUGUGUGAUGAAUGUGAAAUUUGGCAGAAGGCCAUCCUUCCUUUGGAGUUUCAGUGCAUUUGUAUGGUCACGGAGACAAACCUUGCAGGCAGAACACAACGCACAACAACUUUCACAUUUAGCUAGCAGCCAUACCACCAUGCACUCUGCUCCUGCUGACUGGCUGAAGCUAAGCAGGUGUGGGCUUGGUUAGUACUCGGAUGGGAGGCCACCAGGGAAUACUGAGUUGCUGCUGGAAGUGGUGUUGGUGGGCCAGCAGGGGGCAAUCUUCCCUCUGGUCAAAUAAACUCCAGUGCCCCAGUGCAGUGACGGGGACACUGUGCUGUAGGAGAUGCUGUCUUUCGGAUGAGACGUUAAACCGAGGUCCUGACUCACUGUGGUCAUUAAAGAUCCCAUGACACUAUUUGCAAAGAGUAGGGGGUUCCCCGGUGUCCUGGCAAAAAAUACCAGAUCUGGCUCUCACAAAAAAUUUGCCACCUAAUCACCCCCUGAUUUAAUUGCCUAAAAAAUGUUCUCUCCCUCCAGUGGAGCUGCUCAGUAGCCAACAAUAGAGGAUUAUGGUUGUGCUGGGCAGCUCCCAGGUGUGAAUGUGUAUGAGUGUGAAGCAGGGCGUUCCUGCAAAAAGAGCAUCCGUGCUCAGUGAACCUACCCUGGGUAAAUAAAGGUUUAAAAAAAAAAAAAAACUUGGAUGAAGUUCCGCAAACGCGAACACAAUCUUUGAUCUGUUUGGUCCCAGUGUAAUAGCAGCACAAUAUUCUUUUGGGUGUUAAAUCGUCAGCCUUUUGUGCACAUUUUAUUCUUAGAGUUCCAUUUAGAAUGUUUAUUUCGCCCCACCCCCAUUGUCCCCAUUGUUUACAAGUCCCCCACCCCUAUUGAUUAUUUCUUGUUUUGCUGAAUUACAGAGUCGAAUUAAAAUAUAUUUAAAGGGGA